AUGGACAAGUUAAAACAUUUUGUACACAAGCUUGAUGGUUCAGAGACUUAUUCCAAACGCGAUUUGGAAAAGAUUGCAGAAGCAACAAAAGUGCCCAACGCUCCAACGGCUCCCUUACAAGUGCAGAUCUACUCAUUCAACAUACGUAAUGCUACAAGCAAGUUAGCUGAAGGUGAGAAACCUUGGUCGGAUAGAAAACAUGGCGUGAUUUCUCUCCUUAAACAAGGAACUUCAAAUGCAAGCUUACCAACUAUUAUUGGGUUGCAAGAGGUUCUAAUUGAGCAAUUGACCGAUAUAAUCCACGGAUUGGGUCCUGGAUGGACAUAUUUUGGUGUUGGUCGAAAUGAUGGAUCGUCUAAAGGAGAGUUUGCACCAGUGAUUUACAACACGCAAGACUGGGAGGCAGUGACUUCCAAUACUUUUUGGUUGAGUGAAACACCUGGUAAACCAAGUAAGAGCUGGGACGCUGCCUUGAAUCGUAUUGUCACAAAUGUGGUGUUGAAGAAUAGAAAAGUAGAAGGAAAAACAAUCAAUUUCUUCAACACCCAUUAUGACCACAAGGGUAAAGUAGCAAGAGAAAAGUCCUCACUUUUGAUUGAGAAAUUGAUGAAAGAAGCACCCGCUGGAAACCAGGUAUUGACCGGUGACUUGAACUCAGAAUUGAAAGACCCAGGCUACAAGACUCUUGAUGCUUAUUUGAAGGAGUCUGGGAAACAUGCAACAAAAAUCGAAGGUGACAGACGCACAUGCACGGGAUUCAAAGGUGAUGGAGAAUCAAUUAUUGAUUUUAUUUGGACUAGUCAAAACAUUCCCAUUUUGCAACACUGCACUAUAAGUCAAGACUGCUGCGGAUGUUUGUGUAGUGACCAUCGCCCAGUCAUUGCCAUUAUUGAAAUCUAG